UAAGAAAGUCAGUCACUGCAAACAGAGAUCAGCACCAUGGCAUGUCGCUGGGCAGAGUACCGCUUCUGGCUUCAGGUGCUAACCUCUCUGGCGUUUGCUGGACUCCAGGGCCAGAGCGAGAGCGCAGCGAGAGAUGCCACCAACCCGCAGCAGGCACGGCCCAGUCACAUCUCGGCGCUGGGGCGAGCUGCUCAGGACACGGUGGGAAUGCACAUGCUGAAACUGUAUGAGAAAUACCAGCGAGAAGGGAAUCGGCCAAGGGACGGCAACACGGUGCGCAGCUUCAAGGCGAGACAGGAAAUUAUUGAUCACCAGAUCCUGUAUUAUUUCAACCUGACUUCCAUACAAGAGUCCGAACUGAUCCUGGCCGCUACUUUCCAUUUCUUCGCCCAGAAGCGCUGGAGGAACAGGCACCUUUCCUGCAAAAACUCCAAGAACGGGCCGUGUCUUUUCCUGCACAAGACCCAGCCGGUGGAGCUGACCUUCACCAGUUCCUCGCCCUCUUCUCCUUGGGAGAAAUUCCUCGGCAAUCUGACCGUGACGCCUCAGAGGAGGGGCGCUUGGUGCCUAAAUGAUAUCUCCCAGAUUGUGAAAGCUGCCCGGAGAGAGGACAGACUCUUGCUCAGCGCCCAGCUCGAUUUUGAGGAGAAGGUACAGAAUCCUAGCCAGGCCAGUCAUCUGCCCUACAUUUUAAUCUACGCCAAUGACUUGGCGAUUUCUGAGCCCAAUAGCGUGGGCCUGACUCUGCAGAGGUACGGGCCGUUCCCCUCCAGUGAGGAAGAAGCCAGCCCCUCUCCCAAUGCCUCCAGGGACUCCCGGGUCAGGAGGGAAACCUACUUUUCCUCGCCUUCCCUGCAGAACAACGAGCUGCCUGAGGUGGAGUACAGUCAAUUCCACAAGCACGACCUCUGGGGCAAUCCAUACCGUCCCCUCAAACCCAAGAUGGCCCGCAAGGAGAGGAGGCGGAAGGAACAGGAAGCUAGCAAACACCAGGUCCUCCGCUCCCAGGUCCUCAGCUUCGAUGAGAAAACCAUGAGGAAGGCCAGGAGGAGGCAGUGGAAUGAGCCCAGGACCUGCUCCAGGAGGUACCUUAAAGUAGACUUCGCUGACAUUGGCUGGAGCGAAUGGGUUAUAUCUCCCAAAUCCUUUGACGCCUAUUACUGUGCGGGUGCGUGUGAAUUCCCAAUGCCCAAGGUUGUUCGUCCUUCUAAUCAUGCAACAAUCCAGAGCAUUGUCAAGGCUGUUGGGAUUAUCCCAGGAAUUCCAGAGCCCUGCUGUGUACCCGACAAAAUGAAUGCCUUAAGUGUUCUCUUCUUUGAUGAGAGCAAAAACGUGGUUUUAAAGGUGUAUCCCAACAUGUCAGUGGAAACCUGUGCCUGUAGAUAGAGUUAUUUAUCUCAGCCAGGAAACAAAGUUAUAAAGACAGGAACUAUUUAAUACAGUACGCUGUAUUGCUGCAUAACAAGUAAAAGCUGCAUUGUGUCCUUUUCACUUUAAGAACUUGAUACCAGUUCUGUCCCCUUCCCUCUGCAAACACCAAUAUGCUAAAUUAUGGCAUUGAGUAGCUAAGUGUAGAUGGGAUAAACAUCGGGCAUCAAAACAUGGAGAACUAUUAGCAACACAGAAAACCCCAACCUCUGUUUACAGCACACAAAUGCAACCAUCAUCAGAUGAAGUAGUAUUUGGUCUUCCACAAUAUUCCCUUAUUCUAAAGGUAGCAAGACAAGUUUGGUGCAAAUUGUGGUACUUAAGCUUUUGUGUGCUCUUAUAUGUAAAUUAAUAAUAAUACCAGCAAUGGCAGUCUAUUUAAGUGUAGAUUAUACUCUAUUCCUGAUCUCAGUGUAUUGUGUAUUGUGAGUUCAAAUCUUUAUUUGUCAUUUUACUUAUUUAAUACUUGUUUGUAUUCCUGGUAGCAAGAAUGAGGUUUCCUCUUUUUUUCUGAAGAACAAAAACAGUUAAACAAUUAUAGGGCAAAUGCCAGAAGCUCUUGUUGCUUUUUAACCUAAUGCCCAAUAAACUAAACAUUGGCACAACUAUCUGAGAAGGGAAAGGUUAUUAAUUUUUUUAUAAUCAGAGAGACAUUGUGACUAGCUGCAAACUCCUUGUAAAUUGUAUAAAAAACAUUAAUUUCAAAAUAAAUCAUUUUAAAUUAACAUAUAUCUGAUAUAUAACAGGGAAUGUAAAAUGUACUAAGUCCUGAAUUAUGGUACUAAUUUUAAUAUCCAUAAAAUUAAAAUAAUAAAGCUCCUGAAAAAAUGAGAUAUUUAGACAAUCUUCUAUGAAGGUACUAAAGUUGAUGCAUGUAAGCUGGAUUUGUCAAAAUCACAAUUAUCACUAAAACAGCAAAACAAAAAGAACUCAUAAUUCUUUCCAUGCAAAUGUGAAGCUGAAUGGUAGAAUUGAAAAUGUCCAAGAAUAUGUUAUUAGUAACGUAAUAUUUCUAAGUAUAUGUUGUAAAAUGUGCGCAGUGCCCAGAGGUCAUGUUUUAUAAUCUUCAGUGUAACAUUAAUAGUACUUCAGAAAUUAAAGGUUCGAAGUGUAAUGAAAUUGAAUGCUGUCAAGAGAUUAUUCAACCAAGCUCCGUAGCAUCUUGCAAAUCUUGUUUUUAGGAAGAAUAUUUUUAUUUCAAGGUAUGUUAGUUUCUUCUCAAUAAGUCUCUGUGCAAAACCUUCUUCUUUGAAGUAAUGCACCAUUGAUUUAAUUUCAGCCUCUGCCAAUGUAUCUUUCCUUUUGGUUCUGACAAGACAAACAGGCAUGGUUUGGAGAUAACUCAACCAUUUUUUUUUGGUGCCCUUUCAUCCUGUUGUGAGGAGCAACUCUUGACACCUUCGGUAUUCCCCUCCACUCAGCAUGCCAACAGUUUGACUACCACGUGGAAGACUAGAACUGUACAUUUCCAAGAGGAGGACGUAUUGGUGCAUCUCUUACAACUGUUUGUUUUAAAGCCAUCAGUCAUUCUUGGUAGAAGUCUAGCCUCUUUUAUAGUAUCCAUAGUUCACUCACUUGCACGCACUUACAUUGUUGCAUCUGUCCUUAUUCACUUACCUGAGCCUUUCUCCUGAUAUGGUUAUACACAGCUUUUUUUUUAGAUACACAGGGAUUAUAAGCAAACAGUCACUUUGCAAUGUGAUUCAGUGAGAAUUACUGUGCAGUUUUUUUGUUUUGUUUGUGCUGUCUGAAAAGCAUAAUGAUGUCAAUGAGUUUAAAGCAUGACCCUAAAGGAGCAUCUUCAAAUAUUUGUGUUCGCUUGGCACAGAACUUAUUCCAUGCAUGGCUUAAGAAAACCAAGGAAAUUAUGGCAUUGUGUUUAUUAACUCUGCAAUAAAUUUUCUGAGAGUUGUA